AUGUCGAAAGAAUUGAUAUGCGAAGUUGAUCGUCAAUCUGUAAACACAAUUCCGAUUGGGCUCGAAGGUGAAAUUUAUCAUCACCAGCAACAGCAACAGCAACAGCAGCAGCAGCAGCAUAAAGGUGUUCAUUAUGGAAAAACGUAUUUUGCUGUUUUAUUAGCAAUAUUUUCUUCAUUGGGUGGAUGGUUUUUUGGCUAUGAUCAAGGUGUUACGGGAGGCAUAGUUGUCAUGAGUUCAUUUAAAAAUGAUUUUUGUGUUAAUGUAUACGCUAAUGCAAGUGUAUGUGAUCGUCCAAUAGCUGCUUUACCUUAUGAAUAUAGACGAUUUUUAGUACUUUUUACAUUUUUGUAUAAUAUCGGAUGUUUUGUUGGUGCUGUAUUCAUAUCUUCAUUUGUGGCAGAAAAAUAUGGACGUCGAGCGAUUAUUUUUACAUCAGCCAUUCUGUUUUUCAUUGGUACUUCAAUGGUGAUUUUUCCGCCAGGAGGUUCGAAAAGUAUCAUGAUUUUGAUACUUAUUGGACGAAUUAUCGAAGGAACAGGUGUUGGAUGUUCUUCAUUUUCUUGUCCAAUAUAUGCUUCAGAAAUAGCUCCAACAAAUAUACGUGGAAUGCUUUCUGGAUUUAUGCAAAUGACUGUAGUAAUGGGUUUAUUUGUUGCUAAUGUGGUCAAUUUUUUCUUACAAGAUCAUAGAUUGGGUUGGCGCUUAUCAAAUGGAAUUAUUUUAAUUGCUCCAAUUAUAAUUAUGAUUGGUAUAUUUUUUUGUCCUGAAACUCCUCGAUGGUUGUUCAAAAAAGAAGGUCGAGAAUCAGCAGAGAAAAGUUUAAAACGCAUUCGUAAGAUAGAUAAUGUGACUGCUGAAUUAGAUGCUAUUGCUGAUGCUAUUCAACAAGAAGGUAAUCAAGUUUCAGCUAAAGAAUUAUUCACAAAAAGGAAAAUGCUUGAAAGAUUGGGUAUUGGUGUAGGCUUACAUAUUUUACAACAAGCUACAGGUAUUAAUCCAAUAUUUACAUUUGGUGGUAUUAUUUAUGAAAGUGUUCUUGGAAAAGGUAUUAUAUCAUUAAUGGUUUUAUCUGGCGCAAAUUUAUUUAGUACAAUACCAGCCUUAUUCUUAUUUGAUGUAUUAGGUCGUCGAAAUCUACUCAUAUUUUGUGGUUUAGGUAUGGUGAUUGGCCAUCUUGUAGCGGCAACAGUAUUUGCGGUAGGUUGUCAUGUAGUCAAAACUACUAUCAAUGGAACUACAAUCAGUGAAGAAAUUGUAUCGUGUACAACAAGUUCUGGUAUACUAAUGCUUAUUUUUACAGCUAUUUUUGUAUGUUUUUUUGCACUUUCUUGGGGACCCAUUGGUUGGAUUUAUGCAGCUGAGAUUUUUCCUCUUAAUGUUAGAGCUCGAGCUGUUUCAAUAACGACAGGAAGUAACUGGUUUAUGGGUACCAUCAUGUCUUAUAUAUUAGAGUUAAUAACUCCAAUAGGUAUACAUGGAGUAUUUUAUCUUUUCAGUGGUCUUUGUUUCUUAGGUGUUGUAUUUGUAUAUCUUUUCUGUCCAGAAACGAGAGGAGUUUUACUUGAAGAUAUUGAAGAAAAGUUUGAUAAUUUUAAAUUGAAAAAUAGAACAAUUGUGAAAAUAUUAGGGAAGCCAUGUCAGGGAUAUAGAAAAAGAACGGCUAAAGUAGAUGCACUUGAAAUGCAAUGA